GCCGCAUCACAUUUAAUUUAAACCGGAACAAACAAAAGGAACCAAAGCAUAGCUCUGCAGCUGUUUUCUUUAUUAAGUAAUCACCAUACAACUUCAGAAAAACAGGAUUAAUUAAGGGACUGAUGAGUUAAAGUGUAGCUCUUUUUUUUACCGCAGCUUGGACAUCAAAUUGGAAUGAAGAUGAUAGCGAAAGACUAGCCAGACAUCAAGAUUUUAUGUUUUUAUUUACAUUUUAAAGUAAUCACUUUUAUUUUCAACACCUUGAGUGUUUUUAAAAAAUAGUUUUCGGAUAAAAUGAAGGACUCCCUUUCCGCUUUGUCAAGCCGAAGGGUGAGGAGGAGGAGCGGGGCGACCGGGCUGCUCUAUCCGCUGCUCGGUGCGUGUCUCUGGGCUGCAGUGGUCGGGUACAAGCCGGUGAUCAUCGUGCACGGUUUAUUCGACAGCUCAGGGGAUUUUAAAAACUUACAGCAGUUCAUAAACGAGUCUCAUCCUGGUACAAAUGUUUCCGUCAUCGACUUGUUUGACAGAAGUGCCAGCCUGCAACCCAUGUGGAAGCAGGUGGAGGGAUUCAAGGAAGCUAUUUACCCAAUAAUGCAAAAUGCAGAAGACGGAGUCCAUUUUAUCUGCUACUCUCAAGGUGGGCUUAUUUGCAGAGGGAUCCUCUCCACUCUCUCCGACCACAACGUCCAGUCCUUCAUCUCUCUGUCCUCGCCUCAGGCCGGGCAAUAUGGAGACACCGACUACUUGAGGUACCUCUUCCCACAGUUUGUGAAGUCCAACCUCUUCCACCUCUGCUACACAUCGAUAGGUCAGAGGAUCUCCAUCUGCAACUACUGGAACGACCCCCACCACAGAGACCUGUAUGUGAACAGCAGUGAUUAUUUGGCUCUGCUCAACAGCGAGCGAUCAAAUCCAAAUUCAACAGAGUGGAAGAAGAAUUUCCUGAAAAUAAAAAAGCUGGUGCUGAUUGGAGGACCGGACGAUGGAGUCAUCACUCCCUGGCAGUCAAGUCAGUUUGGAUUUUUUGACGACAACGAGACAGUCGUUGAGAUGCAGCAGCAGGAUAUGUAUUUAAGAGAUGCUUUUGGUCUGAAGACACUGGGGGCUCGUGGAGAUCUGAUCAUCUGUUCUGUUCCCGGCGUCCAACACGUGUAUUGGCACUCAAAUGAGACGGUGUUCCACUUGUGUAUGGAGAAGUGGCUGGUGUAGAACAAAACACUCACACACAGAAUUAAUUCAACCUAAUCUUUGUAAAUAUUUAAGUUACAUAAAAGGGAAUAGUUUGAUCUCAGAUAGGAUCAGAUCGGAAGAUUGAUACCACUCUCAUGGUUUUCAUGAGUCCUCAGAAAUCGUUGAGCGUUGUGAAUUUGAGAAGAUAAAUAGGGGCCUUGAAAGUUUAGAAUAGUCAAAAAAUUAAAUUAUUGUUAUUUUUAACAUUAGUACAUCGUCCACGUUCCUCCUGCAGAUGCUUAUUGUUUUUCAUGUAACCAUAUGUUGAGGAAGCACAACAUUAUUAACCUUGAUAUUUAAGAAGGUGUGGGAAUACUGGUGUUUGUACAUUUGUCUUAUAAACCGUGCUGCUGUCAACAAAUUGAGCAUUUCAGUGUAUUUUAAAGGUUUUUUCUUCAAAAAUAAAAAGGUACAGACUUUUAGCAGCUACAAAUAUGAAUCCUAUAAACUUGGUAAAGGUUAAACUAGCUAAGAUGUUUUUAUAGUCUGCAAUAGUAAAGCAAAUCAAUAUUAUAAGAGGACUGCAGCAGUUUGUAUUUGCAUUUCAGUAAAGGGACUUGUAAAAGACUUAAAAAAGAAAGGUCAUGCAUCAAUGUUGCAGAGGUACAGAGACAUUUUUACUGUUUUUACUGGCUCAGUUGUCCCUCGUGACUGUCUUUACUUUGUAAAAAAAAAAUGGUGGAGUGCCCUUUUUAUUAAGAAUGAAAGCGAGCACACGUACACAAAGAAUAUAUCCAUUUGUGUGUUUGACCACGCAUACCUCAAAACAACAAACAACUUAACAGUGCCUGAUCGAUGUUCUGUCAUUGUGUCUACAUGUAUAGACUCACUGCCCUGCUCCUCUUGUGAUGCAGUAAUUUAUAUAUUUUUAUCCUCAAUUUUUGAAUGUGUAGAUCUGACCGUAAAUGUCAUAUAUACUGUUGUUAUCAUGCAGUGCUUUAGAGAUUUGAUAGAUUAAGCCUUACAUUUUCCCCUCGUGCCUCCGUGUUUUGUGUCCCAUACCGAAGUGCUACAACACGCUGCCUUUAAUGAUGGUGCUUAGUAUAAAGAAGGGUGGAUGAAGAGUGGCCGGAGAGGGGCAGUGCUAUAUUAGUGUUUACUUGUCCACCAGACUACUGUUCAUGGCGCUCUCCCAUCCCAUUUAGAUAUCUCAGGCGUUUGACCUUCAUGUUUUUCUGUUUGUUGGAGAAAGGAUUUCUAUUUGCAUUUUAUUGGAUGUUAUGUAAUAGGUGUUUAUCGAAAGGAGAAAAGGAUUUUAUUGAGUAAAGUAUUCAUUGUACAAGGUUUAACCAGAUAAAAAAGAAGGGAAUUGAUUAACUGUUUUUAAAGUUGUUAGCUUUGCAGUAUUAUUUUUCAUGGCUGCAUCCUUUGUUUUAUGUCUGCCUGUACAAGUUAGUUAAAUUAACUGCAUAACCUAUGUAUUGAAGGGAUGUCCUUUCUCUGGUCGAGUUGUAUUGCUUUAAAAACGUAAAUGUGGUUGUGGAGGUUUUUUUAAAGUUAAAACAGAAACUACUAUUUUGACUGUCCUACCAUUUCUACAGUAUUUGGAAAAUGAAAAUUUGUCAAAUGUAAAUUCCUCAAUAAAAGGCCAUUUUUAAUGUC